GGUGGGGGUGCCGCUCGCUCCUCCCGAUUCCCGCCGCGGUCGCCGCUGCUCCUCCUCUCCCGGGCGUCGCGGCCGCUGCCUCUGCGGGCUGUAUGAGGAGGAGUAGGAGGAGGAGGAGGAGGAAGAGGAGGAUGUGAAGAUGGCGGAGCUGCAGAUGCUGCUGGAAGAGGAAAUCCCGGGGGGCCGCCGGGCUCUCUUCGACAGCUACACGAACCUGGAGCGGGUGGCCGACUACUGCGAGAAUAACUACAUCCAGUCACCAGAUAAGCAGCGAGCCCUAGAAGAAACCAAAGCCUACACCACUCAAUCCUUAGCAAGUGUUGCAUAUCUGAUAAACACCUUGGCCAACAAUGUCCUACAGAUGCUGGAUAUCCAAGCAUCGCAGUUACGGAGGAUGGAGUCUUCAAUCAACCAUAUUUCACAAACAGUUGAUAUUCAUAAAGAGAAAGUUGCAAGAAGAGAAAUUGGUAUUUUGACCACCAAUAAAAACACUUCAAGGACCCAUAAGAUUAUUGCGCCAGCCAACCUUGAGCGGCCAGUUCGUUAUAUUCGAAAACCUAUUGACUACACAAUUUUAGAUGACAUUGGACAUGGAGUGAAGUGGUUGCUUAGAUUUAAGGUGAGUACCCAGAAUAUGAAAAUGGGUGGAUUGCCACGUACGACACCUCCAACUCAGAAGCCCCCAAGUCCCCCUAUGUCAGGGAAGGGGACACUUGGGCGGCACUCCCCCUAUCGAACACUGGAGCCAGUGCGUCCUCCAGUGGUACCAAAUGAUUACGUACCUAGCCCAACCCGUAAUAUGGCUCCCUCGCAGCAGAGCCCUGUGAGGACAGCUUCUGUGAAUCAAAGAAAUCGAACUUACAGCAGCAGUGGGAGCAGUGGAGGAAGCCACCCAAGUAGUCGGAGCAGCAGUCGGGAGAACAGCGGAAGUGGGAGUGUGGGGGUUCCCAUCGCUGUGCCUACUCCGUCUCCUCCCAGCGUCUUUCCAGCCCCUGCUGGCUCUGCUGGCACUCCUCCCCUUCCUGCUACUUCUGCAUCUGUCCCCACCCCUCUUGUUCCUGCUACUGUUCCCUCCUCCACUGCCCCAGACGCUGCUGCUGGGGGUGCACAGAGCCUUGCUGAUGGCUUCACUUCUCCAACUCCCCCUGUUAUUUCUUCUAAUCCCCCCACAGGUCAUCCUGUUCAGUUCUACAGCAUGAACAGGCCUGUCUCUCGCCAUACACCACCUACAAUAGGGGGCUCAUUGCCCUAUCGACGUCCUCCUUCCAUAACUUCGCAAACAAGCCUUCAGAAUCAGAUGAAUGGAGGUCCUUUUUAUAACCAGAAUCCAGUAUCUCUUGCUCCUCCUCCUCCUUCCAUCCUACAGGUAACUCCUCAGUUACCUUUAAUGGGAUUUGUGGCCAGAGUCCAAGAAAAUAUUUCAGAUACACCCCCACCACCACCACCUGUGGAAGAGCCAGUCUUUGAUGAGUCCCCCCCUCCCCCCCCUCCUCCAGAAGAUUAUGAAGAGGAGGAAGCAGCCGUGGUUGAGUACAGCGAUCCUUAUGCUGAAGAGGACCCACCAUGGGCGCCAAGGGCUUACUUGGAAAAGGUUGUGGCAAUUUAUGAUUAUACAAAAGACAAGGAAGAUGAGCUGUCCUUUCAGGAAGGAGCCAUUAUAUAUGUCAUCAAGAAGAAUGACGAUGGUUGGUAUGAGGGAGUUAUGAAUGGUGUGACUGGGCUCUUCCCUGGGAAUUAUGUUGAGUCCAUCAUGCAUUAUUCGGAGUAGAGCCGGGCACAGCUGUGCUUCUCUCUCAGGAGGUCAGGUCUUCCCAGAUUAGCUAGAGGCCCUGGGAAUUCCCUCCCAGUGAAAUGACUGAAGCAUACAAAUGAUGAGGUUACUCCUUUUAUUACUGUUUUGGUUUAUCCCCUAGUAUCAAAAACUGAAAGCCAAGUCUGAACACGUGGAUCUUCUUGCUGUCAUUUGCAUUAUGCUAUCUAGAUUGAAAAUGUGACCAUUUCUCAGACACAAAAGGCACACCAACAUGAAAAUGUAGCUAAAACAUAUAAGACCAAGACUGACUUGAGAAAAAAAUAUCUGGGAUCUUUCUCAGGAAUACUGUACACCCUUGGAUUUCUCUUCCUGCAGAAUCUGUGACAUUGGAUGCUCAUUGCCUCCACUUUGGGGCUAACCUCAUGGCCUGGUGGACACCCUUGCCCUUUACUUUCAGUAUAUGGAGAGGAAGGAGCCAGUGUUUAAAUACUUUAUUUAACUACUUUUUCAUUGCUUAAAAGGCUGUUUUUCUUCUUUAACACUGUAAAUCCUGUGUUCUCUUAGCACUGGAGUGUGCCGGGUGAGCUAAUCCUGAACUCCCUUGCAUCCUGUCCUGUUUGUAGAUUAUAAGGAUGACAAAAUGUGAAAGUCUCCAAAUAUUCCCAGGGUUGUUAACAGUUUGAUUUUAAUGCACUGUUGCAUGAGACUGCAUUGCUGAUAGCAGCCAGUGAAUCCAAUGUGAAAUGUGGUGUAGGUACUUCAUGUACUGAGGUGAGCUUGUUGGACACGAAGGUUCCUAAGGAUCUCCAGCCUUAGGCACUGUUUCAGAGUAGGGCCUAGGAAGUCAGACCAGCUAUUAUUACUGUUCUUUUGAUAUUCAACCCCCCCAUAAGUUUUUUUUUUUUUAAAAAGCAGAGACUAGUUGUCAAGUCUCUUGACAGUCACUGGACUGGGAAUGAAAGGCUGCUACUGUGCUUUUGGACCAUUAUCAAUGGCAGUGUUAGCUGAUGCCAAGUCAUUUUCAUUCCCUCAGCUAUAGAAAAAUAAGUAUCCUCCUGAUCUGAAGUGAUUAGACUCUAAAGUAGCACUCCUAGUAAUAGUCUGAUCCUUGUGAUUCAGAGUAAAGCGUGCUAGAGAAGACUAAUAGAAUAAAAUGCUUACCCAGUCACACUGAGGAAAAUCAGUAUGUAUUUGAAACUAGUGGCAUCUCCCUCAUCCACUGAAGAGGAAGAAAAGCUGUUGUAAUCCAGAUGAGGCCUUGCACAUGCUGUCUAGUGAUGCUAGGACAAGUGUUGUAGAUGUGAAGAAAAGCAGAUUAUAAGGUACUAACACUCCACUGGUAGAUUCGUUACCCGCACCUGAGGCUUCACUGUGCAACUCGGACCCAGACAGUGUUCUUCUCAAGACCGUUUUUGCUUUAAGGUUGUAGGUUUUGUUUGUUUCAGACAUGGUGUUCCUCCUGCUCUAGCCUCUCAAAUACUAGGAUUAUAAGGAGGAGCCACUACACCAGGAGCAGCAAGCUGUUUUGGUUUUAAUUUUAUUUUAAAACCACAUUGCACAUCAGCUAUCACACUUUUAGAUUUUUUUCUGAAUGCUUUGGAUUCUUUAAUUUGCUUCUAGCACACUUUCCACUUCAUGGAUUUGUUAGGUCAUCUUGACUGUCUUCAGGAUACAUCCCUGAAGUCCUCUGAACCUUUAGUUCCAUUAUGGACUGAAGCAAGACUGUAUGUGAACAUUUAAUUCUGAUUGUAUUGGUACAUGGAAACUUUUGAAAAAUAGUUGCACUAAUUAUUUAUUUAAGUAGCCUUUUGCUGAACAAGCUUAGUCGAUUAAUAAGACAUUUGGAAACCCAGCAAACAACUAGCUUUUGUAGUCAUAGAAACAACUGGUGGUAGGCACCAGGAAUACAGCUUAUCUUCUGAACUCCUGCUGAGUUGGGGUUUGCAGAAAACACUUGUGAAAUCCUUUGUGCUGAAGACUUGCACUGGGGGUAAUCCAUGGGACAGAUAACUCCCAUCCCCCUUGUAUUAUUGAGUAUUGAUAUGAUUAUAAAAACAAAAUACAAAAUACUGUAUGUUGGCCUUUUCCCCCAAUCUUAAAUUUUUGCAAUUUUGAAUUCUAUGAAUUGUUUUAGAAGGAUACUCUGUAACAAUGAGCCAGGCCUACAGUAAUUGGAGACUUUUAAUGUAUGUAAUAUUUUAUAGAUUGCAUGCUGUUAAUACUGUGAGGUUAUUUCCUGUUUUAUUGUAAAUUUUCCCAUUUAUUUGCCCAUAAACUAUGGUUGAUAUUACAAAUUUUAAACAAGUGUUGAAACUCUGCUGACCAGAAUGCAACCACUUUACCAAGACACAGGUACUGAGGGGCUCUGGUCUAUCCUGAAAUGAUUGAUUCUGUGCACAGUUCCUUUACCCUUAGAAAAAAAGAAAAGAAAAAGGAAGGGGGAAAAAAAAAAAAAGACUGGACAUAUCUCUCUUUUUUUUUUUUUGUUAAUAUUUGAAGGUCCAAGGAUCUGAGUGAAAAUAUUGUGUUUGAUCUUAUAGCCAAGGCAAAUUAGAAACAAAAAUAGUGCCAAUAUUUUGAAAUCUAGACCCAAGAUUUCAGCCUGCUGUGUUUGGAAUAAAUAUGAAUUUUUAAAGAUGUCUCCUACAGUAUUUUCCUUUUGGCUACUUCUGUCUUCCUGAGAGGUACUUGCUGUCCUCAUCUGGGGAGUAGCACAGGACUGCUGAGUUUGCUAUCCUUAAGUCACUGGGUGACAGUUUUGCCCCUCCUUCCUUACCAGUGCUACUGCUUUUAUAUCGCCCAGCUAGAGACUGGUUUAUGCGUCUUUACAAAUGAUGUCUGCCAUGUAGUUGCCUCAUUGACAGUUUUAUGUUGAUUAAAGAUGACUCUUAUGUGUGGGACAUCAAAAUGAUAGCUUGCUUUUACCUUUCAGUUUUCCUUUUCUUUUAAGGUCACCUUUCUGCAGUACAGCUUGCUUUUACUCUUUUCUCCUUAUGGAGAACAUGGUGUCUCCCGAAGGCCGCCUUUACUCCUGCAAAGGGCUUUGGUGGGAGAAAUGGUUGGUAGACUGCCAAAUCUUUGAAAUGAAUGGGAGCUGUUUACUUAUGAAUAGCUUUGGCCAGGAACUCCUCCCGAAGGUGACUUGAUGUUUCCCUAACACCAUUUACUUGGAACAAGAGUUUUUGAACUAAUAAGCUUUAACAAUGUUUGUCCCGGUUUCACCUGAGUGAUGGAGUUAUGUGCUGUGUUUAGAUAAACAGCUAGUUAGUUCUUGACUCAGUGCUCGGUUCUCUCUCCACAGCACCAGCUGUUGUAACUAAACAUGCUGUACUUUUCUUUAGAAAUAGAGUUCUACCCGUUUUCAGGAUUAUACUUGAAAAAAAUAGGCCAUGUUUUGAUAAAUAACCAUCAAAGUAUUCAGAUUGCUUAAAGGAAUUCAGGUGCAACCUUCUAAAACUUAAUUCAUAAAUACCUUUCUAUAAAGCUGUGUGUAGCAAGAAUGCAUUGUAUUUAGUUCUAUGCUGGCAGGAACAGAACGGAGCACAACAGAGUCCACAGCCUUACUUACGAGAGCGAGCCGUACUGAGUUACUAACUGGAGGCACUGAGAUGGCUGUCUAAGUUCACUUGAUGCUCCUUGUUUUAUUGAGAAUCUCUAUUAAAAAAAACAAAACAAAACAAAUGCAACGACAGGGCCUAGCUGUGUAAAUGACCUUGCUAAAUAUGUUAAUUUUUUUGUAAAAAAAAAGAUUAUUUUCACAUUAAACUGAAGCCUCUUUUGCAAGUUCAGAAAUCUAUGGGAAAGCAGUUUUUAAUCAUAUUUUAUGUCCAUGCACCGUUUUCUUAAUAAAAUGGUUUACAAAAAGAAUGUAAGCAAUUUAUUAUCUGGCAGUUACACUAAAGGUUCCCAGAGAGUUCGUGGUACUGAGUAAAAAACCAUUCAGGCAACUUGAGUAGACAACUGUUGCCAGUAACAUUCCUUGUGUGCGCCAUUAAGCACCUCCAGAUGAAUGAGGGACAGUCACUUAAUUUUUAAAUUGUAUUUGGAAUAAUUACUGCUGUGUACUAAGAACUUGACCCAAAUAAAAGUCACACAAAGUAUA